UGAUUCUUGACUCACAAAUCUCUACAAUCUGCACACAAUUUCAGACAAAUUUGGAUUUUUAAACAAAAUAAGCAAUAUUAGAAGUCUUUAAUGAUGAUUGUCUCUCGACUGGCAUUUCCCAUUAACCUGGCCCUGCAGCGGUUCUCGCGCCGCGUGGCGGAAAACCCUGCAAACCUGAGUAUUCUGCAGCGCCACAUGUCCAGCGUGUACUUCCGUUCCGGAGCCAUCAAACCCAAGCCGGAGGAGAUGCCCUUCGGCCUGCUGGCCAUCUUCUGCGCCGUCAUCCCGGGCCUCUUUGUGGGCGCCACCAUCAGCAAGAACGUCGCCAACUUCCUGGAGGAGAACGAUCUCUUCGUGCCCGCCGAUGACGACGACGACGAGGAUUAGGCCCCUUACCAUCUUCGUGUGGGAGUGCCUCCUAGUCGGAAUGAAUAUGUUUGCCCGGAGUCGUUGUCCCACGCAGAAGAACCCAACACUCGGCCAAAAGUCUAUUCAUCUAUUAGCCAACUUUUUCUAUAUAAAUCUAUGUUUACUCUUAAGAUCCCACAGUUUUGGCAUUUUAUGUGUUUUGUGUGUAUUUUGCAAGUCCCGCUUUGAUAUUUUUCACCUAACGAAUGUUAACUAUGCUCGACAGAUUCACGAAUUUUACUAGAAUUAAAUAAAGUUUAUUCGAAUAUGCUAAA